AUGAUAAGAAAUUUAUUUUCAAUUUUUGAUCCUUCCACUAAUUUAUUUAAUAUUCCUUUUAAUUGAAUUAGAACUAUUUUAGGAAUUAUAUUUAUUCCAUAUUCAUUUUGAUUAAUCCCAAAUCGUCAUUUUAUUAUAUGAAAUCUUAUUCUAUCUAAACUUCAUAAUGAAUUUAAAACAUUACUAAAAAAUAAUUAUUUUCAAGGAUCUACAUUUAUUUUUAUUUCAAUAUUUUCUUUUGUUUUAUUUAAUAAUUUUCUAGGAUUAUUUCCUUAUAUUUUUACUAGAACUAGUCAUUUAACUUUAUCAUUAUCUAUUUCUUUACCUUUAUGAUUAAGAUUUAUAUUAUAUGGAUGAAUUAAUAAUUCUCAACAUAUAUUUAUUCAUAUAAUCCCUCAAGGUACUCCUGGUAUUUUAAUGCCAUUUAUAGUUUUAAUUGAAACUAUUAGAAAUAUUAUUCGGCCAGGAACAUUAGCUGUUCGUCUAACAGCUAAUAUAAUUGCAGGUCAUUUAUUAAUAACUUUAUUAAGAAAUAAUGGCCCAAAUUUACCUACAUAUUUUAUUAUUUUACUUGUUUUAGUUCAAAUUCUUUUAUUAAUUUUAGAGUCAGCAGUUGCGGUUAUUCAAUCAUAUGUUAUUGCAAUUUUAAGAACUUUAUAUUCUAGAGAAGUUAAUUAAUUAUUAAUAAA